CCAAAAAUAUUUUGAAUUUUUAGUAAAAUUAAGAGAAAAGUUUAGUACCUUUACAGUGAAGUGAUAUGGCCAGCAAACAAUGACGACGCUUCUUGCUAGAGGAUUGCUGUGUUGCCGUAGCUCGUUGCAGCGGUUCUACUUUCGGGAACCGGUGAUUCGAGUUGCAUCACAAGGAUUCGAGGGAUUCCCGCAAUUCGCUUCCUACCUUUCGCCUAGACUCUUCAGCUCGGCUGCUUCUGCAGCGAGCAAAAAACCGGAACAUUGUAACGUCGGAACGAUCGGUCAUGUGGAUCACGGUAAAACCACCCUCACGGCGGCGAUCACGAAGGUGCUGUCGAAGGACGGGGACACCAGCUAUGUUUCGUACGACCAAAUCGAUCGAGCACCUGAGGAAAAGGCCCGAGGAAUAACGAUCAACGCAGCUCACAUAGGCUAUAAAACCGCGAAGCGACACUACGCGCACACAGACUGCCCGGGUCAUGCGGAUUAUGUGAAGAAUAUGAUCUCCGGAGCGUCGCAGAUGGAUGGUGCGAUACUGGUGGUAGCGGCUACCGAUGGACAGAUGCCACAGACUCGCGAACAUCUACUGCUGGCGCGCCAGGUCGGAGUCAGCAAGAUCGUAGUAUUCAUCAAUAAGGCAGAUCAAGUCGACAACGAAGUGCUGGAACUGGUGGAGAUAGAGCUGCGGGAACUGUUGACCGAUUUUGGGUUUGAUGGUUUAGAAAGCCCCAUCAUUAUCGGGUCGGCUCUGCUAGCGCUACAAGGAGAUCAGUCGGAUCUCGGGGAACCUUCGAUUCGCCGAUUGAUGGAUGCGAUCGAUGCGUAUAUUCCGACACCGACUCGAGAUCUUACUUCGCCGUUUCUGCUACCGAUCGACAAUGCGUUCACUGUGCCGGGCAGAGGCACCGUUGUGGUAGGGACGCUAGCUCGCGGUACUAUGAGAAAGAACGAUGAAGCAGAGCUGCUUGGGUUUGACGAGGAAAUUCGUACCACCGUCGGUGGGAUGCAGGUCUUCAAGAAGGAUGUCUCGGAGGCUAAGGCUGGCGAUAACAUAGGAACGCUGUUGCGAGGCGUUAAACUUCAGACGGUUCAACGUGGUAUGCUGCUUUGUGCGGCCGGCAGUGAACGCGUUUCGAACCACUUCGAUGCCUCCAUGUAUCUGCUGGCUCGAAACGAGGGUGGUCGAUCGAAACCACUUACCUCCAAGUACAUACAGCAGCUAUUUAGCAAAACGUGGAACGUCCCCUGCCGCGUGGAUCUAGUCGGGCAAGACAUGCUGAUGCCCGGAGAUCACGGUGCUAUCAAGCUUACGCUCCUUCGAAAGAUGGUAAUGUCGUCCGGUCAAUCGUUUACGGUGCGCGAGAACGGUAAAACCGUUGCCACGGGGCUAGUCACGAAGGUGCUGGAUCCGGUUAAUUUACCCCAGAAAAAAUUAAUUAAAUUAGAGUUGGGAUCGUAGUUUGUUGCAUUGAAAUAGAGAAGCCAACGUGAAGUAAUGACUAUGUGUA